ACCAAGAUGGCGGUGUACAUACCGCUGUCUUUAAAAAUGUCACCCUCAGCUUCACUGGGCUUGAGGUUUCUUUUAACAGAGCAAUAUUCCUCCGGAAAGCUGCUAAAAUCUUUGACAGAGCUCUGCAGACGAGGGUACUCUGUGAAAGCCCAGCAGGCGGUGGAGGAGAGCGGCGUAAGCGCCGGUGGGUUCAGCGGCCCUCUGGAUCACUACAGCGGGCUGAUCAGAGACGGGACACUGCGGGAGGAUGAGCACCAGAAAGCGGUGUUGCAGACGCUGGACAAGCUCCACAAAACGCUCCGAGGAUACAGCAACACACCGACGUCUAUCUUCUCCAAGUUUUUCACAAAACCGAAGCCCCCAAGAGGUUACUACAUCUACGGUGAUGUUGGCACAGGAAAAACCAUGGUGAUGGACAUGUUUUAUUCGUAUGUUGAGACUGAAAAGAAAAAGAGGGUCCAUUUCCACGGCUUUAUGUUGGACGUGCAUAAAAGGAUCCAUCGGCUGAAACAGAGCAUGCCGAAGAGGAAAGCAGGGAAAAUGGCCAAAUCCUAUGACCCCAUUGCUCCGGUUGCUGAGGAGAUCAGUGAGGAGGCUUGUCUUCUGUGCUUUGAUGAGUUUCAGGUCACUGAUAUUGCUGAUGCCAUGAUUCUCAAGCAGCUCUUUGAGAAUCUGUUUCAGAACGGUGUUGUUGUCGUGGCUACCUCUAAUCGUCCCCCUGAAGACUUGUAUAAAAAUGGGCUGCAGAGAGUCAACUUUGUGCCUUUUAUUGCUGUGUUGCAGAAAUAUUGCCAAACUCUUCGCCUAGACUCUGGGAUCGAUUACCGCAAAAGUAACAGACCCUCUGCUGGAAAGCUCUACUUCCUCUCCAGUGAGCCGGAUGCAGAGGCGACACUAGACAAGAUGUUUGACGAGCUGGCUUUUAAGCAAAAUGACAUAACACGACCAAGAGUUCUGAAUGUUCACAACAGGAAAGUCCAUCUGAACAAAGCAUGUGGGACCAUCGCUGACUGUACGUUUGAGGAGCUGUGUGAUAGACCUUUAGGGGCCAGCGACUACCUGGAGAUGUCCAGGCUGUUUGACACCAUCUUUAUUCGACACAUUCCUCUGCUGACACUGAACAAGAAAACUCAAGCCAGGCGGCUCAUAACGCUUGUGGACGCCCUCUACGACCACAAGGUGCGGGUGGUGAUUCUUGCAGAUCAUCCACUGGAGGAUAUCUUCAUACACGAUGGUGAUCACGGUCAUGACGAGAGCCACAUCCUGAUGGAUGAUCUGGGGCUGAAAAGGGAUGAAGCCAGCAGUCUGUCCAUCUUCAGCGGAGAAGAGGAAAGAUUUGCCUUCCAGAGGACAGUGUCUCGCCUCACGGAGAUGCAGUCAGAAGAAUACUGGCUAGAAGGAGACAGAAGCACGCAGUCACAGGUGUAACAUUUGGAAAAGUCGACCACAUUACACAACCAACAUACUCCAUAAACUAUGUCUGCCAAAACCAGGCCAGACUGAACACUACUCCUACUCAUCUUAUCCAGCACGAAGCCAACGGGACGGCUCGACUGUACGUGUGCAAGUGUUGUACAGAGAAUAUUUAUUGAACUCUUAAGGCCUUUUAUGACUUUAUUGCGACAUUGCACUUUACAGAUCAUUUUUAAGAUAAACUUUAAGGUGUCAUAUUGCUUUUAACUCAUAAUCAUAUAGUGGUCCAACUGUAUUUACAUUUAUAAAUCUGUGGGAAAGAGCUGGACGACUUUCGGAAAUGUUUUCCCGAAGGACUUUUGUGAAGAUUUAAGGGACUUUUUAAUCUCCUCCGAACUACAUAAUGUUUAUGAAAAUACAAGGCAUCUCAAUGAGUUGUAUGUGAUUCUGAUGCAAGCCUAAAUACAGUGAGAGCAUGUUGGCUCUGGGAUUUAAAGCUGUGUGUUCAUUUCUGAUUUAUACGGAUGGUACUUGUGAAACGCCUCAGAACGCUUCACACAUGCACUUAAACAUAACAUUUUACUGCAUUCAGUGGUAUUUUAAUUUGCCGCAUAAAAAAAGAAGGAAGUG